CUGGACACACUGUGAGGUUACAAAAACUGGACACACUCUGUAAGGUUACAGAAACUGGACACACUCUGUAAGGUUACAGAAACUGGACACACUCUGUAAGGUUACAGUAACAACCAUGGAGGUAACCAUGGAUUUUUCAAAGGCUUUGGACAACAAGGACCUGUUACGGGCUGCGUACGACCUGGAUAACGAGAUGGCGGCGGUUUGCCUUGAGGCGGGGAUCAGUGUGAACUGCAGGGACGACAGCGGGAGUGUUGCUCUUCACUACCUGGCCGAGGGUGCCGCAGUCAAGUCAGGGGAUCCCUUCACAGUUAAAAGACAAGGCACUGCGCUGCUGGACUCCCUUCUGUCGUACAGAGCCGACCUGAACAUUUCUGACCGACAAAACAUCACGUGCCUCCACAUCGCGUGCGCAAACAACCUGUUCUGGCUGGUCCAUGAGCUGCUGCAGCACGGAGCUGACCCGACCCUCAGGGAUGGACUGACGGGAGAGACACCUGUCGAGAUGUUCUAUCACAGCAUCCUCAAAGGAAGGAAGUACCCAGACAGUUCAGACCUGCAUUCUGCGACCGCCAUGUGCCGCGCUGCCUUAGUCCUGAACAGUCCCUCACCCAUCAUGACAUCCCUGCAUUACGCACACGUGUACAGGAGGAUCGCCGAGAGGUGUGACGGGAAGGCAAAAAUGAAAUACACCAGCCUUUCCCGAAGUUGUGAGCAGGUGUCUCAGGACCUCCUGCAGAGCUGCAGCAGUUUCAUGGAGGCCCGUCACGUGAUCCAGGCGGAUGGGAUCGCACUUCUCAGGUGCGCUGUGUCGGAUCAACACUCGCACUUCCUCCAGUCAUCCUUCCUCCAGCGGCACAUCGAGGAGCUCUGGUACGGAGAGGCCUUCUACAACGCGGGAACCCUCAGCCACUGGUUCAUUCCGCUCGUCUUCCUCUUGUCUCCCUUGCUGCUGCCUAUCGUAGCGGUAGCUUACGGAAUCGUCUAUAGUAUCUUCCGCUGGAUAUACCAAGAUGCAACUUUGCGGGAUCUCUCACGAAAGCUUAAGUAUUACAUCGUAUUCUUAGGAAAGCAUUGCCGAUACAGUCCCUACAUUCGAUUCACAACCAACUUGUGCGUUUACGUUGUGUUGGCAUCUCUCCUCACUGCUAAAUGUACCCUCCCAUUUUCACUAGAAGUGCGAUGGGCAGCAGUGGAUGGAUGGAUUGCCUUGUUGUGGGUUGGGUUCGCAAUCUUUGAGGUGAAGCAGUUGCACGUUUCGACAAAUGUGGGUACAUACGUGCACUCCAGCUGGCAUGACGUCAUCUAUCUUGCCCUUCUUCUAUUGCAUUAUGGGCUACAAUUCAACCAUUAA